UGCGGACCAGCGGUGUCUGCUCAAAACUAGGCCCCGGCUACCUCGAGCUCCACCACGCAAUCCGCAGAACACGCAGAGCUGCAAGCAAAUCCACAUCGAUUUAACCUUCCUCUUGAUCGAUCGCACGCACGGCUACAAUUCUCGCGUCUUCCUCUAAAAGAAGCGCAAUAUAAUUCUCAUCAUCGUCGUCGAGGCGCACCCAUGGCGGCGUCCGCGCGCACAUGCCUGGUGGUGGCAGCGCUGGCGUGCGCGCUAACACUGGCGCUGCGCUCGGCGGACGCACAGGCGGACGAGUCCCAGAAGCCCAAGUGCGCUCCGGGCGCCGCCACGACGUGCCGCGUGGGCGCGUUGCGCGACCCGGAGAACCAGGAGGAGGAGGGCCUGCUCAACGUGAAGGUGCCGAGCAGCGCGGCCGACGACGACUACAGCGAUCCCGACCAGCCCAAGGACCCCGACCAGUCCGACGGCGAUGACCUCGUCGUCCUCGGCCACUGAUACGAUCAAUCGAUUGCGACACGAUCGAUCACGUGCGCCUGGCGCGUAGCAUUACAUUUCUUGUUUAUUUGUAGCUCGUUUUUUGGUGCGUUAAGUAGAUAGUGUGCUUGGACCGCGAACGUGUGUUUUCCAAAGAUUGUAAAAGGAUUUGGGCAUUUGGUAAAGUCUGAUCCUUACUCGAUUAAUCUGCGGUACGCCAUUCCUAGUCUCAAGUUUUUGGUUUGAUUUGGCAAUAUGAUUGGUCAAAGAUACAUGAAUAGUCUCAACAAAGUAAAUUAUGCAAUGUAUAUGUUUUCUCUCUCAAACUCUAAAGUAGGAUGCAGCGUCAG